CCAUCGACAAGGGCGAAGCUGUUUUGUCUUGGCCUCGACGCCGACCCCGGUCGAAUCCUUCCACUCACAUCUUGUCAUCUGCUACUUUUUGGAUAACCUUACACCAUGACCCUCGAGUCUGUGAUCUUCUCCUUGAGUGUCUUUCUCGUGACGUUGACCGCCUUGAGCUCGAGCAGUCCCGUCAGGCCGUCCGAAAGUCGUCCCCAGAGGCCUUCUCUGCUUCGAGAUGAGCGUGACAAUGCGCUGCUUGACGCGCACGACUUUCUCAGCCACUUUCUGUCUACCCUGAACCUCACCGGGCAGAUGCAAGUGGAGCAAAAGCCCCAGGUCUUCCCGAAGGAACCACCAGAAUACAUGUUGGAACUCUUUGAGCGAUUCGCCAAUGACCGCACGGCCGUGCCCUCCGCCAGCAUUGUUCGCAGUUUCAAGAACGAAGAUUCUUCCCCCUACGGAGUGACAGUCAGGGGCGUAAGGACAUUUCCGUUGCUCUUCAACAUUUCCGUGCCCCACCACGAGCACAUCGCCGUAGCCGAGCUUCGCCUUUUCACCCUCGUCCAGAGAGCCCAAAGACCCUUGGAGUGCCAGGUGACCAUUUACAAAGUGCACAAUGGCGUAGUUUGGACCAAGGAAGUCGGGAAAGAGGUGAGAAGGCGGGGUCAAGAGGAGGAGUCCAGAGACUUGGAGGAACUGGUGACGAAGCACAUCCACGCCAAAGAUAAGAGCUGGGUGUCCUUGGACCUGACUCAUGCCGUUACACUCUGGCAGAAGUACGGCGUCGCGAUGCAUAAACUGGAGGUCCACGUUGCCAUCUUGGGGACUGAAGACCCGGAGGCGGUCAUGUGGGAUGAGGUCUUUGUCGACAUCCAGCGAAACGUGGAGGGAAAAGACAACGCGGUGAUGAUCGUUUUCUCGGACGAGCCCAAAAAACACGAUAACGCCCGUCCCGAGAACACAGAGCAGAAUCCGCUUUGGCCGUUUGUCAACCGUGACCAGGACGAAGUGAAGCUUCUCUACAAACCCCCCGCUCGCAUCCGGCGUGGUGUCAAAGGUGAAACCUGCAGGAGAACGCCGCUGUUUGUGGAUUUUAAAGACAUCAGCUGGGACUCAUGGAUCAUCCAGCCGGUAGGCUACGAGGCCUACAUGUGCAACGGAGUCUGCAGCCCGCCCAUGACCUCCGAGGUCUCACCCACCAAACAUGCCAUUGUGCAGACACUGCUCAGCGUGAAGAGUCCGGAGAGGGCAUCGCGUGCCUGCUGUGUACCCACUAAGCUGGAGCCCAUAUCGCUACUUUAUUACGAUAACGGGGUGAUCACCUUCAACCACAAGUAUGAGGGCAUGGUAGUGGCAGAGUGUGGCUGUCGAUAGUGACGCACACGCAUACACACACACACUCAAUCCGAGAUAGAGACUGUGCACCGAUGGAUUCCAACAUAUCCCUUGUUGUAUCCACACAUAGUCACACUUUAACAAUGAAAAUCUCCAGUUGUUAUUUUUUAAUUUUAUGUCAUUUUAUGUAACCAUCUAAUAUCAUGGAAUUGAUUGGAAAAUUAUUUAUUUUUUGUCAGGACAAAACCUUCGAUGUUUUCUCCACAUGUGAGAUUCCAGGAAACCAAUGUUAGCGAUAAUUCAGUAAUGCUUCAGUUGACCUUCAUCCGUCGAUCAUACCUGUGCAAUUAUAUAUAUAGUAUGGAAAAUAAACAGAUACAAUGAAUAGAUUUGAUGGGAUUUAUCUAUUGAUUACCGCUUGCUUGACAAGCUUAAUCCCACUCAUCCCCUUGCAUCACAUGCCUGGCGGGCCUCUCUGCCCACUGCCAUGCCUCGGCGAUAACGAGGUGUCAGAGCCUGGAGUCUUGUGGGCCGUCACUCAGGCCGGCACGCCGCUCCGAGUGGCAACGUUUGUGAGAGGGUGGUGUCAGAUUCCUGGUCCCCGUCGCCAGCGUUCUUUCGGCGACCCCCCGCCCUCAGGUUGACCUCGAAGCCCUCACGCUUACUUUUUCGGACUCGGCCCCGCACGCAACCUUAUCGAGGUUCCCGGCAACCGUAUGAAUGGAAAAAAAAAUAUGUGGCCCAUCAUCACUUCACUGGGGCCGUUAACAGUCGGAAGUAGAUAACAACGAUGGAGGAAUAUCUCGGUGGAAACAAUCCGAGGAUCAGCGCUCUGCUUCCAGUAGGCCAAGUGGAUGUCAACUAGAUUUGAUUUCAGUCCGAGACACAUUCAAAGUAAUCCUGAUGUGUUUUCCUUUUAAAACUGAUACUUUGAAUUAUUUUUUUAUUGUAAUUUGCACAGGGCAUGGUGAUAGAGUGAUCACAUCUCCAUCACAGUUCUAAGACUCGGGACUGAAUCGUAUCUUGUAUAGUUUCCAUGUUCAUCCUCUUCCAAUCCAUAAACAUUAAUUGAAGACGCAAAAUUCUCCAAAUGUGAAUGUUAUUUAUUCUUGAAAAAUAUGUCUAAAAUAUGUCUAUGUUCAUGUCCAAUUGCUUUGCGUUCAUUUAAGCAGUCCCACAUUUCACAUAAGUAAAUAGGGACUCAUGUUUUUUUUUUUUAAUUCUGAAUUUAUUUCAUCGUUGUGGAAUAUUUACUUGGUUGUAUGUGGUGAACUUUUUCCAAUGUUAAAUAAUCUAAAGUUUGGUAUAGAUUGAUGAAUGGACAUUUUUCCAGAAGAAGCACUUAUUUUCAUAUUAUCUGUAAAGAAAAAGUUUUUUUUCUAGUAUACUUGU